UGCUCCCCCAUCUCCUCUCUCUCUCUCUCUCUCUCUCUCUCUCUCUGUUUUCUGUGCUAGGAAAUGAACUGGACUUCUGCUCUCAGAGAGCUGGAUUCCUAAUUUUCUCUCACAUUUCUCCAAAAGCUACAUAUUUUACAUAAAAUUUCAGAGAAGCACAUUGCCAUUUUUGUCAAGAACCCACCUCCUUUUUAUUUAAAAGAAGCCACAGAUUCCUCCAACAAAUCACCUUUCUCACUUUUACCCCCAAUUUUUUACUUCCCAAAGGCAGAAGGGCUCAAACUUUAGCAAGAGAGAGAUGGGGGGAUGUGUUGCCUCCAAGCUGGGGGAAGAAGGAGGAGUUGUGACAAUUUGUAGGGAGAGAAAGCGGCAGCUGAAGCUGGCGGUGGAGAAAAGGUACGCUCUUGCGGAGGCGCAUUGUAAGUACUGCCAUGCUUUGUUUGCGGUGGCUGCCGCCGUGGACUUCUUUGUUGCAGGCUACUCUUCCCCUCCUAAACCUUACCUCAUCACAUUUUCACCGCACUCUACUCCGGCGGCAGAGGCGGAGGUGGCGGCUCCGCUUCCGAUCACUGAAAAUGUAAUAACCAACCCAAUGUUCCUUCAGCAUAGGCCGUCUGAGUCGACCCAUGAGUCCAUUGCUUGUCACUCACGUGGUUCUUCAACGUCCUCAGACUCCUCUGAGGAGGAGAGAGAAGAAGAGGUGCAAAAAACAGAAGAGAGAGAAGAACAUGGAUGUGGGUACUUUUAUAUGGAAAUGCCACCAGCAAUGCUGUCACCACAGAGAGAUUUUGGGUGGGAUUUCUUCAACCCGUUCGAUGCCGUGAGGCCGGAGGUUAUAAGCGGGUACAGGCGGAGCUCCGACGAGGAUCUGAGGGUGGUGAGGGAGGAGGAAGGGAUACCCGAACUAGAAGAGGAAGAAGAGGAGAGUCAGGUAGAAAACAAGGCAGUGGUGGUGGAAGAUAACGGCGGAAUAGAGCAGCAUGACGGCGGAGCUGAGGUGGUGAAGGUGGUUGAUGAGGGGGAUAAUGUGAGGGAGGGGGAGCAAAAGGGGCUUGCUGUGAUUGAUACACCAGCUGAAGGGAGGGAGCUGUUGGAAGCAUUGAAGGACAUUGUGGACCUUUUUUCUAGGGCUUCUGAUUCUGCAAAGGACGUGUCCAGGAUGCUUGAUGCUAAUAAACUGCAAAUGCAGUCUGGUUUGGAGGAAAUUAAAGAGAACUCAACAAAGCUAAUUGAAGCUAUAACAUGGCAUAACUCGACUUCAUCGUCUAAGCUUUCGUCAUGUAAGAGUCUUGUGGCAUCGAGAUCUAAGGGUUCGUCAACAUGGACGGAAUUUAAGAAUGAUCUUUUCGAUGAUUAUGGUGGAAUGGAUUCAGGAAGUCAUUCACUUACUCUGGAAAGGCUAUAUGCCUGGGAAAAGAAGCUCUAUGACCAAGUUAAGGCCGGAGAUAUGACACGGAAACUUUAUGAGAAAAAAUGCUCGCGACUUAAACACCACGACAUAGGAGACAACGAGACCAUGGACAAAACUCAAGCUGCAGUAAAGGAUUUAUACGCCAGAAUCUUAAUUGCAAUUCGGAGUGCCGAGUCAAUUUCCAAGAGAAUCCAGAUAUUGAGAGAUGAUGAACUGCAGCCUCAAAUUGUUGAGUUGUUGAAAGGCUUAAUGCGCACCUGGAAAAUUAUGUUGGAAUCUCAUGAAACCCAACACAAGAUCCUUUUCGAGGUGAAAUCUUUUGCUGGCUCUGCGUAUGGAAAGUUCAGCAACAACUCUCACAUGCGUGCUACGCUUCAGCUUCUUGUCGAGCUUCAGAAUUGGCAUGCGUGCUUUAGGGAGUACGUCGCUGCACAAAAAGCAUAUGUUGAAACUCUCCACGGUUGGCUAAUUAAGUUUGUGGUCCCUGAGGAGGAAUUAUACUCCAGGAGCAGGAGUUCAGCUGCUCCGUAUGGGGUUAAUGGCCCCCCGUUGCUCUUGAUCUGCCAUGAUUGGUUAUCUUCAAUGGAGAAAUUACCGGAUACUUUGGUGACCAUUGCCUUGAGAAGCUUUACAAAGGACGUGAGGGCUCUGUUGAAUCAGCAAGGGGAAGAGCAGAAACAAAAACGGAAAGUUGACAGCCUAGCCAAAGAGCUCGACCGAAGAAUUCGUGCAUUCCAGAAGACAGAGAGCAGGUUUCUCGAGCCAAAGCUCGUGGAACAGAAAUGCGAGACAGAUAUUGAACAUAAGACCGAGUCCUUGACAGAAAGAAAGGAGCAGAUAGACAUGUUCAGAAGAAAGGUGGACAUGGAGAGGGAAAAACACCAAAACUACGUGCAGGAAACUCAAAGGGUCACAUUAAACGUAAUCCAGACUGGGUUUUGUUCAGUUUUCGAGUCCUUAGCGGAGUUCUCCAGGGCUUCACAGAAACUGUACGGCGAUCUCGUGACCUGCAGCGAAAAUGCAGAUAAAGCUGGGAACCCGGCGUAUAUAGAAGGCGGCACCAAGGAUGACGAAAAUGGCAGCAGGUGACAUGGGUCGUUUGAGAAUUGGGGAUUUGUGGAUUUGUAUUUGUGUACAUAUAUUGUGGUGAUGUUGUAGCAAGUAGUGACGAAUUCCUAUAUGUUGAUUCAAUUAUUUAAGUUUAUGGGGGUGGUGGUGAUGCCGCACUCUCAUGGUAGACUUCUUUCCUUCCAA